CGGCGAGGAGGGGGCGCUGCGCGCACGCUCGAGUUGGGCGGUGGGGGGACGGGCGCAGGCCGGGCCGGGCCUUGCUGGGACCAGCAGAGCCGCUAUCGUGCCCCUCUCGGCGCGGCUGCAUGACACAGCGGUGCGAGAGUCCCGCGCCACCUCUGUCGUGGGGUCUCAUACCCAGGGACCCUCCACCGCCGCGCCCCGGGGCUCCCGUGGACUCCCACAGGGAGGGCGAUGGAACGGGGCUCCUGAAGCAAUAGGCUGUUGGAUUUUGAUCCCGCCCAGAAUACUUGAGGUUUUUGUCUGCAAGACUAUAUAAUAGCGGUUUUGCCUACUCACCUAAGAGAAAAAGGCAAUGGAGACUGAACAACAGGAAGAGACCUUUACCAACACAGAGACAAAUGGCAAGCGUCCUGCAGAAGAUAUGGAGGAAGAGCAGGCCUUCAAAAGAUCUCGGAACACAGAUGAGAUGGUUGAAUUACGCAUCCUGCUUCAGAGCAAAAAUGCUGGAGCAGUGAUUGGAAAAGGUGGCAAAAAUAUUAAGGCACUUCGUACAGACUACAAUGCCAGUGUUUCAGUCCCAGACAGCAGUGGCCCCGAGCGCAUCUUGAGUAUAAGUGCAGAUAUAGAGACAAUUGGAGAAAUCUUGAAGAAGAUUAUCCCUACUCUAGAAGAGUAUCAACACUACAAAGGCAGUGACUUUGACUGCGAAUUAAGACUUCUCAUUCACCAAAGCUUGGCAGGAGGAAUUAUUGGUGUCAAGGGUGCUAAAAUAAAGGAACUCAGAGAGAACACUCAGACCACCAUUAAGCUCUUCCAAGAGUGUUGUCCUCACUCUACUGACAGAGUGGUUCUUAUUGGUGGAAAACCUGAUAGAGUUGUUGAAUGUAUCAAGAUCAUUUUGGAUCUUAUCUCUGAGUCUCCAAUUAAAGGACGUGCUCAGCCUUACGAUCCCAAUUUCUAUGAUGAAACAUAUGACUAUGGUGGCUUCACAAUGAUGUUUGAUGAUAGAAGGGGACGUCCAGUAGGUUUUCCAAUGCGUGGAAGAGGUGGUUUUGAUCGUAUGCCCCCUGGUCGUGGUGGACGCCCUAUGCCUCCAUCGAGAAGAGAUUAUGAUGAUAUGAGCCCUCGCAGAGGACCUCCACCACCUCCACCAGGUCGUGGUGGUAGAGGUGGCAGCAGAGCUCGUAAUCUUCCUCUUCCUCCUCCACCGCCUCCUCGUGGCGGAGAUCUUAUGUCCUAUGACCGAAGGGGCAGACCAGGAGACCGUUAUGAUGGCAUGAUGAUGCAGUGCCAUGUGGAUGCCUGUGACGACAUGCAGCCACCAGAGCUGUUUGAGGGUGGCUCUGGAUAUGACUAUUCUUACGCAGGGGGGCGUGGCUCAUAUGGAGAUCUUGGUGGACCCAUCAUCACAACACAAGUAACUAUUCCCAAAGAUUUGGCAGGAUCCAUUAUUGGAAAGGGAGGCCAGAGAAUCAAACAAAUACGUCAUGAGUCGGGAGCUUCCAUCAAAAUUGAUGAACCCUUAGAAGGCUCCGAAGAUCGGAUAAUAACUAUUACGGGAACACAGGACCAGAUACAAAAUGCACAGUAUUUACUGCAGAACAGUGUGAAGCAGUAUGCAGAUGUUGAAGGAUUCUAAUGCAAGAUUAUUUUUUCUUUUUUAUAGUGUGAAGCAGUAUUCUGGAAAGUUUUUCUAAGACUAGUGAAGAACUGAAGGAGUCCUGCACCCCUUUUUUUUUUAAUCUGCUUCUGUUUAAAAAGCCAACAUUCCUCUGCUUCAUAGGUGUUCUGCAUUUGAGGUGUAGUGGAAUCUUUGCUGUCCACCAGAUGUAAUGUUUUAGUUUCUUUUACAAAUACGUGGGGGGAGGGGAAGGGCGCAUGAGACUAACAUUGAAAUUUUGGAGCAGCAGCAGAGAGAGUGGAUUUUAUAUUUGUUCAUUGUUGGUGAUAAAUUGUACUGUUUUUCUGUAAUUGUUGUGAACACCCUGCCUUUAUGUACACUGUAAUUUUUUUGGAGAGGAGAAAAUACUGGUAUUCCACAUGUCUCUGGCAUCCUUCAAGAGCAGUGUGCAGAAUGUAAUGCUCUUUUGUAAGAAACGUUUGAUUUUUAAAUAAAUUUAGUGAAACUAUUCUUGGUGGUCAUUUUUCUUGAUAUAGAUCAGGUAGUAUCCAAAAUGGAUAUGCCCUGUUUUCCCCCCACAUAGAUGAAAGUUGCUGUUAAGCUUGCUCUUUAGCACCUUUGGUAUAGAUGGAGUUACGUGGGAUUUUAUCACAAAUUGAAGAAACCAUGUGAGAACAUUUACUCUGCUUUGCUGUUUGAGAGAAAAUGCAAAAAUAUUCAUGCAAAUGUUGUGUAAAACUUAACAUUUUUGCAAGUGUUUGGCCCUCUUUGCAGUACAUAUAUAUAUUGGUGACAGUUUAUAAAUAAAAUAUUUUAAAACUUUUAUGUCACUGAGUAAACAGUGGUAAAGUACACCUGGUUAUAGACAGCUUGCUUAAUGCAGAUAACACUGUUAGAAAUAACAGUCGCUGUACCAUUACUGAAUGAGUUUUAGUUGUUUUGAGCUUCUGUUUGUAUGAGGUAGAAACUUAUGAAUUGGCAAAUUGACGGUAUCUAACUCUGUAACUUGUUUUUAAUUGUAUGCAAGACUUAAACUUGUUUGGUUUCCCUGUUGUAUGUUGAAUUCUACAUUAAUUAUUUGUGAGAAAUUUAAAAAUAUAAAGCUUCUGGAUAUCUCAUGUAUUACCUUGGCAUUUGUAUUUAUAGUUUACAACUUUUGAUUUCACUUCCCGAAUAAAAACAAAUUUGAAAGCGCCAAA